AUGUACAUCGAGGAAGUAUGCAUCGAUGGCUUCAAGUCGUACGCCAAACGCACCGUCGUUCCGGGAUUUGAUCCGUUAUUCAACGCGAUCACCGGGUUGAACGGCUCGGGCAAGUCGAACAUCUUGGAUUCGAUUUGUUUCGUGCUCGGGAUUUCGAAUCUCACGCACGUGCGCGCGGCGAGCUUGCAAGAGCUCGUGUAUAAGCAAGGCCAAGCGGGCGUCACCAAGGCGUCGGUGAGCGUGACGUUUAACAACGAGGAUCGGACGCGGUCACCGGUCGGAUACGAGCAUUGCGAUCGCAUCACGGUGACGAGACAGAUCGUGAUUGGUGGGAAGAAUAAGUACAUGAUCAAUGGCGCGACGGCGCAGCCGACGCGGGUGCAGAAUUUGUUUCACUCGGUGCAGUUAAACGUGAACAAUCCGCACUUUUUAAUCAUGCAAGGACGAAUCACAAAGGUGUUGAACAUGAAACCGCCGGAGAUUUUGGGGAUGCUCGAAGAGGCGGCGGGAACGCGGAUGUACGAAAACAAAAAGGAAGGCGCGCUGAAGACGCUGGAUAAGAAGCAGACCAAGGUUGAUGAGAUUGACAGGUUGCUCGAGGAGGAAAUCUUGCCGACGAUUGAAAAGCUACGCAAAGAACGUGGCGACUACAUGAAGUGGGCGGCGGCGAACGAUAAUCUCGAGCGCUUGCGCCGAUUCUGCAUCGCGUACGAUUUCGUGAUGGCGCAAGAAGCGGUCGAGAAGGCAAACGCGGGAACAUCGAGCAUCGUCGAAAAGAUUGAAGAGCACAAGAGCGCCAUCGACGACGCCAAUCGCGAGCAAACGGAGCUCGAGCUCCACGCGCAACGUUUGCAAACCGAAAAGGAAGAGCGCAUGGGUUCAGAGAUGAAAGACCUGGUCGUUCGUACCGACACGAUGUCCAAGGAGUUGGUGAAGGAAACCACCGCCUUGACGAACAAGCAAAACGAAGUGAAGAGCGAGCAAAAAGCCAAGGACAAGUUGUUGAAGGAUGCUUCGGAAAUGGAAGCCGCCGAGUCCAAGCGCGCCGAAAAAGUUGCUGCGCUCGAAGCCGAAGCCGCCGCCGAGCAAGCGUCGCUCGAUGAGAAAGUGGCCGCCGCAGACAUGGCUGAGCGCACGCUCCAAGGCGUGCAAUCUGGCAAGGGAACGGGCGCAGACAAAUCGUUGCAAGCGCAACUCGCCGACGCCGUCGCCGCGCAAUCCUCCUGCGAUGCUGAAGUGAAGUCUGCGGCACUCAAAAUCAAGCACGUCGAGAAAGAGCUCGCGGUCGCGCAAAAGUCACUGAGUACGAAGCAAAAGGAAGGCGACAAGCUCACGAAGGAACUUCAAUCCGCCGAUGACAAGGCGGCCGAGCUCGAAGCGGCGUGCGACAAGGCAAACUUGGAAGUUCAAGAAUUACAGCAAGAAGUUGAUGUAUUGAACUCUAAGCUUGGUGACUGCGACUUUCAAUUCCGCGAUCCCGAGGCGAAGUUUGACCGCAAACGCGUUAAAGGCGUCGUCGCUAAGCUCAUGCAAGUGAAGGACCCUGCCUCGGUCACCGCGCUCGAAGUCGUCGCCGGAGGUAAGCUGCACCAAGUUGUCGUUGAUACAGACGUCACCGGUAAAGCACUUUUGGCUAAGGGUCAACUCAAGAAGCGUGUGACGAUAAUUCCGUUGAACAAAAUCGACAGCCGAACGGCUACGGAUCGUCAAAUUGCCGCGGCGUCGAGCGUAAGCAAGGGCGAAGCCUCUCUCGCUCUCAGCCUCGUGACGUAUGACGACGACGUGCAAAACGUGAUGAAGUAUGUUUUUGGUAAGGCUUUCGUCUGCAAAGAUCAGACCACGGCAAAGGCUGUCGCGUAUGACAGAGAUGUCAUGUUGAACUGCGUCACCGUCGAGGGCGACAUGUUCAACCCCAGCGGUGUCAUCAGUGGAGGCUCUCGUAACACCGGCAGCGCGGUGCUGACUAAGCUUCACGCGUUGUACAAGGCUGAAGAUGCAUUGGCCAAAGCUAAGACUCGCGCCGAGUCCGCGUUGGAAACCGCCAAGGUGGCAGCCAAGGAGGCGAAAGAGGCGCAAAAGUUGGAAGACGAGUUGGAUCGUCACGAACACGCGCUCGGUUUGUUGAAGGAGAAAGUCAGCGGUUCAGAAGUGCAUCAACUCGCCGAAAAAGUUCGCAAAUUCGAACAAGAUCUAGCUGACGCCAAAAACACGACGGAGGAGGCCAAGGCGAAGAAGGUUGAGGCUGCACAGACAGCUGCGGCGCUUGAGAAAGAAAUCAAGAGCUUUGAAAAGGAGCGCGAUUCACGUUUGAAAGAAGCUGAAAAGGCUUUGAAAGAGGCGAGAAACGCAGUCACCAAAGCUCGAGCGCAAAUUAAAGAGAAAGAAGAGUUUGUCACUAGCGCGCGGAUCGAGAAAGAAGCUGCGGUUUCGGAACGCGCGGCGCUCGAUGAGCAAAUCAACGAACGCGCCGCCGCCGUCGCGGAGUUGCGAGCCGAAGUCGAGACUAUGCAAGCGGCCGUGUCGGAGAAGCAACGUGAAUACGACGUCGUCGCAGCUGAGCUUGAAGACCGGCGCGCGCGUGUCGCUGCGUGCGAUGUCGAAAUCUCUAAGCUGCUUAAGCGCAAGGAGAAACUCGAAGCCGCAGCGCAGGAACACGGGUUGGAAAUGAAGAAGCUCGAGUAUCAAAUCACGCGCCAUGAAAACGAAGCGAAGGAUGCCGAGGCGCAUCUCGAUAAUCUUAAGAAAGAACAUCAGUGGGUCGCGAGCGAGAGCGCGCUGUUUGGUCAGUCCGGAGGUGAUUAUGAUUUCAAGAAGCGUUCCCCUUCGCAAGCGCAAGCGGAACUUGCAGAGUGCGAAGAAGCGCAGGCGACGCUCGGGAAGCGCGUGAACAAGAAGGUCAUCGCCAUGUUUGAUAAGGCUGAAGCCGAGUUCAAAGAAUUGCAAGAAAAGCGUCGCAUCGUGUUGAACGAUAGAUCGAAGAUUCAAAAGGUGAUCACCGAGUUGGACGAGAAGAAGCGUGAGGCUUUGCAGCUGACUUGGGAAAAGGUCACCAAGGACUUUGGUUCCAUCUUUUCCACUUUGCUCCCAGGGACGAGCGCCAAGCUCCAACCUCCCGAAGGAUGCACCGUGAUGGAUGGUUUGGAAGUCAAGGUCGCUUUCGGGGAAGUUUGGAAGGAAUCGCUCACCGAACUUUCGGGCGGUCAGCGAUCGUUGCUCGCGUUGUCUUUAAUUCUCGCGCUUUUGCUCUUCAAGCCUGCGCCGAUUUACAUUUUGGACGAGGUCGAUGCUGCGCUGGAUCUUUCGCACACGCAAAAUAUCGGACGCAUGAUCAAGCAGCACUUCCCGUUCUCCCAAUUCCUCGUCGUUUCGCUGAAGGAAGGCAUGUUCAACAACGCAAAUGUUAUUUUCCGCACCAAGUUUGUGGAUGGCUUAUCGACUGUGACGCGAUCGGUGCCCGCUUUGAAGGACAAGGAAGACAAUACUCGUCCAGAUGCGCCAAACGCACUCGCAGCGGCCGCGGCAAAACGUCGCGCGCCGACCAAACAGGGCAAAGAAAAUUAA